AUGGGCAGCCUCAACCUUCCAACUGACCAAUGGGCACAAGUUGUCGAGAAAGUCGGCGGACCCGCCACCUACAAGAGGAUCCCCGUCCAGAAGCCCGGCCCCGAUGAAGUCCUCGUCAACAUCAAGUACUCUGGCGUCUGCCACACCGACCUCCACGCCAUGAUGGGCGACUGGCCGCUGCCCACAAAGCCGCUGCCCCUCGUCGGCGGCCACGAGGGUGCCGGUGUCGUCGUCGCCCGCGGCUCGCUCGUCGACGACAUUGAGAUUGGCGACCUCGCCGGCAUCAAGUGGCUCAACGGCUCGUGCCUCAGCUGCUCCUACUGCCAGAACAGCGACGAGUCGCUGUGCAAAAAGGCCCUGCUGUCGGGCUACACCGUCGACGGCACGUUCCAGGAGUACGCCAUCGCAAAGGCCGCCCACGUCGCCCGCAUCCCCAAGGGCACCAACCUCGAGGCCGUCGCGCCCAUCCUGUGCGCCGGCAUCACCGUCUACAAGGGCAUCAAGGAGUCGCAGGUCCGCCCCGGCCAGACAAUCGCCAUUGUCGGCGCCGGCGGCGGCCUCGGCAGCAUUGCCAUCCAGUACGCAAAGGCCAUGGGCAUCCACGCCAUCGCCAUUGACGCCGGCGACGAGAAGCGCGACCUGUGCCUCAAGCUCGGUGCCUCGACCUUCAUCGACUUCACAAAGUCAAAGGACAUCGUCGCCGACGUCAAGGCCGCCACGCCCGACGGCGAGGGCCCCUACGCCGCUCUGCUCGUCGCCGUCCAGGAGAAGCCCUUCCAGCAGGCCACGCAGUAUCUGCGCUCCAAGGGCGUCCUGGUCUGCAUCGGCCUGCCCGCCAAUGCCAACCUCUCUGCCCCCGUCUUUGACACCGUCGUCCGCAUGAUCAACAUCAAGGGCAGCUACGUCGGCAACCGCGCUGACACGGCCGAGGCGCUCGACUUCUUCGCACGGGGCUUGAUCAACGUUCCUUACAAGUCCAUUGGCCUGAGCCAGCUCCAGGAUGUCUACGCUUUGAUGCACGAGGCCAAGAUUGCCGGCCGCUAUGUUGUUGACACCUCCAAAUAA